AGCUGCGUGCAAAACAGUUUUUUGAUUGAAAGUCCAGGAAUGUUUUUUCUAUCACGAACUACUUUUGUGGCAUUAUUUCUUAUUAUUAAAUAUUCCAUUUUUAAGGGAUUUCCUAAGUGACUUAGGGGUAUUACAAAACACACAUUUGGCAACAUUGAAACUGUCAAAAUAUUUUUCUUUCUCUUCUGUCAACUGUUGUGUUAGACAGGUUAUCAAAAAUGGCAAAACGCACCAAGAAGGUCGGAAUCACUGGCAAGUAUGGCACACGUUAUGGUGCCUCCCUGAGGAAAAUGGUUAAAAAAAUGGAAGUGACCCAACACGCUAAAUACACUUGCUCAUUUUGCGGCAAAGAUGCCAUGAAGCGUUCUUGUGUAGGCAUCUGGUCAUGCAAGCGCUGCAAGAGGACAGUAGCUGGUGGUGCGUGGGUGUUCUCCACUACCGCCGCCUCAUCCUGCAGAUCUGCCGUAAGGAGGUUGCGUGAAGUCAAGUAAACAUCUUAUAGUUAAGAAAUAAACAAAAACUUUAAAAUG